GUCAACGGUCCAAGGAAAUAACGGGGUUCAAGUAUGAUCCGCUUACACAUGCUAUUCGUACCCGUAGACUGCCACUGCGACCAACCAUGGGGUUUUUAGUCAUUUCAAUCACCGCUUGUUUUCUUCACUGACUUAAAUACCCCUACUUGGAAUGACAUGCCCAACUUCUAUUCGUCCCAACAAAACAAGCUUAGUUAGGUUUUUAGUAUCGGAACCAAAUCGGCAUAGAAACCGGAAGCCGUAAUUUUGGUCGGAAAGAAAACCCUAAUUUUGCCUGAUUGCACCGAAUUCUCAGAAAAACCCACUAGAAUAACAAUUCGUUUUUGAUAAAAGAACGGUCCAGAUUAGCCGGAUACAAGUGGUCUCGUGCCAAAAUCAAAACGCACGCAGAAAUGGGCAAACCCGAAGAUGGCGAAAAGAAGAUUUUGAGUAAGAAGCUAAAAGAUGUUGAAAUUAGCGUUCCCAUAGUGUAUGGUAACGCUGCAUUCUGGCUUGGAAAGAAGGCAAGCGAGUAUCAGUCGCAUAAGUGGACUGUCUACGUUCGUGGGGCGACCAAUGAGGACCUAGGUGUGGUAAUAAAGCGUGCUGUUUUUCAGCUGCAUUCCAGUUUCAACAAUCCCACAAGGGUGGUGGAAGCACCGCCAUUUGAAUUAUCAGAAGCUGGCUGGGGGGAAUUUGAAAUUGCCAUUACACUUUAUUUCCACAGUGAUGUUUCUGAUAAGCCGUUGAACUUAUAUCAUCACCUGAAGUUGUACCCAGAGGAUGAAUCUGGCCCUAUGUCAACAAAGAAGCCUGUUGUUGUGGAACUUUAUGACGAGAUUGUCUUCCCUGAACCUUCAGAGAGUUUUGCAUCUCGUGUGCAGAAUCAUCCAGUUGUAUCCUUUCCAAGAUUACCUGCUGGCUUUACUUUGCCACCUCCUGUACCAGCUGAGGAUGCUAGCAGAAAAAGGAGAGGUGACACGAAAGAUCAUCCCCUAAGCCAGUGGUUCUUGAAUUUCUCUGAAGCAGAUGAGCUUUUACAACUUGCAGCAGCCCGUCAACAGGUGCAAGCUCAUAUUGCUAAACUUCGACGACAGAUAAGUAUGAUAGAUGGGCAGCAUCAGCAGUCAAAAUCUGUCUCUGACCAGUGAAAGUACAUUACUUACAGUUUUCUCAAGAUUUCUUCUUCAAACUGGUUUUGCAGCAUAGUCACAUGAUUGUUUUACCUUUGGAGAGUUUCCUUUCUUCUCUUUCUUUUCUCUUUUUACAGUUUCUUUUACUUUUAAAAAUUGUAUUCAGUUUUUUCCUUUAGUGUAACUUGGCUCUCGGUAUCAAAAAAACAAAUGGAAAAAAAAUGUAUAACUUUCAAUCCAUAACAAUAUUCUUUUACAAUUCAAUGCAAUCAGUUACUUGGCCUCAUUUUUUCCUCAA